AUGAUUCGUCUACAGAACUCUGAACAAGGUGAAGCUGCUGCCUCUCAGCAUGAAAAACCAAACAGGAAGUCAAAUCUGCUUCUCUGGGCUCUGCUGGCUGCUGCUCUCAUCAUUAUCUACAGACUCGCUUUUGAUAAAAUUAGAACCAACAAAGCUCUUCAAACCCUGAAGGAGGAGAAAGGAGCUCUACAGGAGGACAUUAAGGUUCUACAGGAGGACAUUAAGGUUCUAACUUUUGAUAAAAUUAGAACCAACAAAGCUCUCCAAACCCUGAAGGAGGAGAAAGGAGCUCUACAGGAGGACAAUAAGGUUCUAACUUUUGAUGAAAUUAGAACCAACAAAACUCUCCAAACCCUGAAUGAGGAGAAAGGAGCUCUACAGGAGGACAUUAAGGUUCUACAGGAGGACAAUAAGGUUCUAAGUGAGGAGACUGAAGCUCUGAGAAAACACAUCUCAGAUCACGUUUGUCUGAAGUUGGACAGAAACUGGGAGAAACAUGGAGACAAGUGUUAUUAUUUCAAUGACCGUUACUUACCCUGGGAAGGGAGCAGAAGUUUCUGUGAGGCUCUGGGAGCAGACCUGGUGAAGAUCGACAGCAGAGAGGAGCAGGAGUUCCUGGUGGAGAAAGUGAAAAACUUUGUGAUGGAUGAUUGGGAAGGUUUCUGGAUCGGACUGACAGACUCAGAGGUAGAAGGCAUCUGGACCUGGGUGGACGGAUCUCCACUGGACAGCAGAAUGAAGUUUUGGUUAGAAGGUCAGCCCGAUAACGCUAAAGCACGCAGUCCAUCUGGAGAGGACUGUGUGACAAUUCUGAAGGGAGGAGCUGAAGAUCUGAACACCUGGAAUGAUGACAUCUGUCGCUUAGCUCAUAAAAGUAUCUGUGAGAAAGCAGCAGGAACUGGACCGAGUUCAUCUGUUUGUGGCUGAAGUUCAGUUCAGUCUCUGGAACAACCUGAGUCCAGGAUCCAGGAGGAGCAGAGAUGAUGUUUGUAGAAAGUUCAUCUCACAAACAGCUGAAGCUUCAUUUUAAAUGUGUGGAAGAGAAAAAUUUUAUAUUUUCUCACAUUUUCUUUUUUCUUCUUUAGCUAAAAUACAAAAGCCUAACCCAUAAAUAAAAACAACAUUCAAUCAAAAAUUAGCUUUUUGAAACUUUGUUUAUGAAUUUUAAAUAUUUAACAUACAUUUUUAAUGCCGCCCUACAUGUGGUGCUGCUUUGAUGGAUUAUUGGAUCAAAGUUCUGGUUCCUUGAUCUGUCAGAUUUAGCUAAGUGGCUUUUUACUGUGAGCAUAGAUUUUAUUUGUUCUGAAUUUAUUUUACUGAAUCAAACCGGACCCAGGCCCGGAGCGGCUAAUCGGGAGGGUCUGGACUAUUCCCGGUGGGCCGGUCUGAUAUGUCGAAUCUCUCAGAAUCUAGUUUUAAGGUUUAGCUGUUAUGAGUUGCACAGCCAAUCAGAGGCUGACAAGUUUGGAGAUGUUACCAAGACAACUCAGAAACACACCCUCUUUGAUAUCGGAUGUCCUGACUGGUAAAAAGGGCAAGUUAUGUGUUGAUGUUUACUUAACCGUACUUGUUAUUGUGUGGAUGCAGGUGUGAGGACCUUGUCGUCAAAACAUGGCAGGUUCUAGUAGACCAACAUAAUAUAACAUCCAUUCAGUGAGCACAGAUUAAUGAAGCAUUUCAUUAUACUAUAAUUAUUAUAAGUAGCAAUAAACAAUUGUUAAUUUAAUGAUUAUCUAGAUUUUAAGUCAUAGAAGAAGUUCAUAUUGAUUUAAUAAAUCAUUCAUGAAUUUAGCAACUGAUUGGAGCUGGAGUUGUUCCUUCUGUGGAGGCAGGCAGAUGGGACCUUGGGAAAGAAAGCUAUUGUUUAUGUUUCAGACUUGCAGUCUGUGAAUCCCAGCUGGUUAGAAGGUAGACUCAUUUAAAAGGAACACGUGCAAUGUUGUGUCUCCUUUCUGACCAGACGUUGAAUAGAUGGUGGAAGGUUAUGAAGUUCAUUAUUUUCAGCUCCACACAGCUGCCCCCUGUGCACAGUUACACCCGUGUAGAAAACGCCAAGGUCGGGUGUUCCUCAGACUGUUUACAUUCCAGGAGAAGAGUCCGAAGGACAAGAAGAACGCUUUUCAAUAAUCAAAGUACUUAAUUUGUGAUUAAAGCUAUUCGAAACAGAUGUUGAUCAAUAAUAAUCAAGUGAAUGAUCUGUGAAAUAAAUAUGUCAUGAUUUAUGUUUAAUGAAAACAGGACUACUGCACAGACAUACUGAUCCUCAUCUCCAUAGAAACGCAUGACACAUUGUUCCAACCAAUCAGAGCUUUCGGCUGCCGCAAGAUAAUCUGGCUUGUUGACUUAAAGUAUCCAAUCCGCUUUACUAAAACUUAUCAAUAAUUCAGAGAUAUAAAACAAGGCAACGCCAUUUCAAGUCAGUUCCAUUUUGACUUCAGUUCUAUUCACCGACAUCCCAAAGAAAAGCACAGACUGGCCAGAUGUGUUUUCUUCUUUAAACUAAGAACUGUGAAGCUGGAGAUUUUCGUCGUUUAACAACCAGACGACAUCCUUUCAAAAUAAGAGCACCUGCUGACGCCGUCGAUUGGUACCGGGGUCAACCCUCCAGACGGGCUUUGAAACGCUGCGACCGCUGCGCCGACAGCUCCAGCGCACAUCCGAGGUCUCCAGACCUGGCAUUUCCUGAUCUACCUGGGAGGCCCCCCACUGGGUACGUACAUGGCAAAAUAGCAGCUCAUGUCAUCACUUUAUAAGCCUCGUGAUAUCUAGUCAUAACAAAGACUACCAGAUUCAAUGACGUCAGCCUAAGGAGUCUGAACCAACCACACACACACACACACGCACUAACACAACAUCCAAAUCCAUUUUCAUCCAUCACAGAGUUA